AGCGUUCGUAGACGCCCAGAGCUCUCUGCACGACUCUUAGUUCCAGGUUUGCCACAGGAUGUCGGUGAACGAGAAAGCCCCGAUCGCAAACCACGGCCAGGUCCCCCACUACGGGAGCCUGGGAGCUGGCAAUGGCGACGACGGGGCUGGACCCAACUCGGUGGGCCCUGAGAAAGAGAAGAGCCUCACCUUUCACCAGGUCGGCUACGAGGUCCCCACACUCUGCGGCCGCAGGACCAAAGUCAUUAUCAGUUCUUGCAGUGGAAUAAUGCGACCAGGACUGAAUGCUCUGAUGGGCCCCACAGGCAGUGGAAAGACCACGCUGCUAGACGUGCUGGCAGACCGCAAAGGCAGGAGAGGUCCAUCGGGAGAUGUUCUGAUCAAUGGAAGCAGGAGACCAAAGAAUUUCAAAUGUGUUUCUGGCUACGUGGUUCAGGAUGAUUUGAUCAUGGGGUCUCUGAGUGUGAGAGAGAAUCUGGCAUUCUCAGCAGCCCUACGUCUCCCCUCCGGGACCACCUGGAACCAGAGGAAGGAGAGGGUGGACAGAGUCAUCCAGGAGCUGGGUCUGGUGUCCUGUGCUGGCACUAAGGUAGGGAAUGAGUUCUUCAGAGGUGUUUCCGGAGGAGAGAGGAAGAGGACUAGUAUUGGUAUGGAGCUCAUCAUCCAGCCUCAGGUCCUGUUCCUGGAUGAGCCCACUACCGGCCUCGACGCAUUCACUGCCGUCUCUGUUGUCAAACUCCUCAAGAGACUGAGUGAGAGCAGGACCAUAAUUCUGUCCAUCCACCAGCCUCGCUACUCCAUCUUCUCCCUCUUCUCCUCCCUCACUCUCCUCUCACGGGGCUCCAUGGUCUACCACGGCCCUGCACAACAAGUCCUGCCCUACUUUGAGAGCCUCGGGUUUCCGUGUGCGGAGCAUGAAAAUCCAGCAGAUUUCAUUCUCGACGUUCUCACAACAUGCGAAAAGAAGAGCAUUUCCAACGACACAAUUGUUGCCAUGGAUACAAGUCUGCUGGGGGAGGAAGAGAGAGAGGAUGGAGGAGGAGGGGGGGCAGUGGAUAUGGUUGAGAGGUAUAGGAAGAGUGACAUGUAUCAGAGGACGGAGCAGGAGUUGGGACAGGUGUGGCAAAGACUGGAGGAGAGGGGGCAGGGAGGAAGACUCCCUGCGGCUGGGUAUGCCAGCAGCAUCCUCUGGCAGACAAUGGUGGUGAUGCAUCGCUCCAUCGUGGGCCUCUUUAGAGACCCUCUCAGUCUCUACUUCCAGAUCAUCAUCAUGGUCAUUUUUGCGCUCAUCAUCGGGAUUGUGUACUUUGACCUUGGAGGGAAGAAAGUUCCGUUAGAAAGUAUCAACAAUAUCAUCACUGACAGGAUUGGAGCGUUUUUCUUCAUGUGUAUGAACCAGGUGUUUUCCAACAUGUCUGCAGUGGACCUCUUCAUUCAGAGGAAAGCUCUCUUCAUGUAAGUCACUGAGGUCCUGAGAUUAUAGCUACUAGCAGCGGGAUUGGAAGGGUUGAAUACAAGCCUGGUGAGAUAAGGGGAAAGUGUAGGGGGGAAGUUUGGAAUAAUGCAGGGUGAAAGUAAAGCUUGGAGAAAGACGAAAGUUUGUGACCAGUACCGAGGAAUAAGCCUGUCCUCCACGUACUGCAGUCAUGAGAACGCCAGUGGCUACUACAGAGUAUCCGUGUUCUUCUUCUCCCAAGUGGUGACUGACCUCAUAGCCAAGAGGAUCGCCCCCGUUCUCCUCUUCUCAGUCAUCACCUACUUCAUGCUGGACCUGGACCGCGAGCCCGAGAAAUUCUUCAUCUUCCUCCUCACCCUCUUCCUCGUCUCAAUCUCCGCAGCCGCCAUCACGUACGCCUUCAGCUCCAUCGCCAAUGUUACUCCCGUGGCUACUCUCCUGAGUGCCCUCGCCUUUGUCCUCUCAAUGUUGUUUGGAGGAUUUUUCAUUGCCCUGAAGAGUCUCCCGGUCUGGCUCCGGUGGCUCAAGUACCUGAGUCUGUUCCGCUACGGACUGGAGGCACUCUCCAUCAACGAGUUGAGAGGACGGGAAUUUUACGCUGAGGGCUUCAAUUCUUCCUCUCCUUGUAUGAGCCAUACUGUAUCAGUGGUACUGAGGCUCUGAGUGGACUGGGCUACGAGACGGAGGGUGUGUGGGUGUGGUACGACCAGAUUGCCCUCGCUGGCAUCUCUCUCUUCUUCCUCACCCUCUGCUGCGUCAUUCUCCAGCUCAUCAAGAAACACAAGUAGUCUGGAGUGGCUGGCCCACCUCCCAUGGGAAUAGCACGUGUGUGUGUGUGAUAUGAACACUAUUCUUCUAUUUGCCACUGGUAUCAUUAAUUUUAUCACUAUUAUAAUACGUAUUUAUUAUCUAUGAUCUGUUUUGAAUUGCAUCAGUCAAAUAAUGGGGCUGUCAGGUUGGACAAUGAGUGGUGAGAUGAUGAACAGUUCAGGGGUGAGGUGAUUGUCAGUGGUGAGAAGAUGAUAAGUCCUGCUCUCCUUGCAACAGACAAAGAUGACUUUGAUGCAAAUAGGCUGCAGUCACUUUCUCCUGCGCCUGCCCCCCCUCUGCUUCCGUUGUCUG